AUGCUAGGUGAACAAUUAAAUAGUGCUGAAUCGCGUAGUCUUUUAUCGGCUAUUGAUAAGAUGCGCGAACUUUUACAUGGAGAAAAGAUUACUCUACCGGAAAUUGUGGUUGUUGGUGACCAAUCUGUGGGCAAAUCAUCAGUAUUGGAAGCUAUAUCUGGUGUUCAAUUACCUCGGGCACAAAAUAUUUGUACUCGCUGUCCAUUAGAGUUGCGAAUGAAAACAACUGAAGACAAGGAAUAUGCAAUAAUACGUGGCGCCGUUGGUUCUACUACUGAGAAACGUUUUGAUGAUCUAACAAAAAUUGCCGAUGAAGUUACUCGAUUGACAGUGGAAAUUGCCGGUAAAGGAGUCAAUGUUAGUGCAAAUCCGAUUUAUUUAACUGUAUACAAACGUGAUAUUUUGUAUGAUUUAACUCUUAUUGAUUUACCAGGCAUUACACGAAAUGCAUUACCAGGUCAAGCAGAAAAUAUUCAUCAACAAAUUUUGGAUUUAAUCAAUAAAUAUAUUGAGCCACCUACCGCGAUUGUAUUACACGUCAUUCCAGCUUCAGUCGAUUUUACAACAUCAGAAUCGAUGAAACUUGCCAAAGUAUUCGAUCCAUCAUGUGAACGACAGUUAAUUGGAGUUUCUAAAAUCGACAAAUACGAUAAGGGUAUUGCGGAGAAACUGCAAGGUCGUGGUUUAGGUUCUAUGGAACUUCAAUUAGGGUGCGUUGCAGUACUCAAUCGAAAUCAAGAUGAGAUCGAUCAGAAUAUUUCAUUCGACGAGAUGAAACAACGUGAAGAGCAAUUCUUUAUUGAUCAUAAACAAGCAUUUGAGCAUCUUCCGGACGAAUUCAAAGGUAGUAAACAAUUAGUUAGACGUCUUGCUACCAUUCAACAAGAGCGUAUUCGUUCAACAUUUCCAGAUAUUAUCAAAAGAUUAAGAAAACAAAUAGCUGAAAAAAAGGCUCAACUGAAAAAGAUCCCAGCUUCGAUGAAUACAGAAAGUGAAUGUUGGACUACUUUUCAAUCAAUGAUUAAUAUCUAUCGGGAGAGUAUUUCUGACAAUGUAAAAGGUGAGUACGGUCCAGUUGCAUCGAUUAAUAUCACCAAUGUACCUACCACAUCCAAGAAUGUAAAAGACGAAUCCGACAGUGAUAUCAAUUUCAAUUUUACGCUUUUCGAAUCUGAUGAAGGAUCACUUUCAAACGAAGACGAAGAUCAUAUCGCGUAUCAUAUUUAUCAUUUACAACUCAAGUUUCAAAAGGAAUGUAGAAAUAGCUUUACAGAUUUUUUUUCAAGCAACUAUCAAAAAGUCGUGCUUCGUGAAAUUGAUCGAACUGCUGGUGUUUCUCUACCAAAUUUUCCUAGUUACCAAAUCAUUGUCGGACUCUUCAGAAAAGAAUUGCAGAAAUUGCCAGAUUGCUGUCAUGAAUUGGUAGAGAAGAUGCAUGAGUAUAUGUCCAAAUGCUUGCUACAAUUAUUCGAGCAUGCAUUUAGUAACGUUUAUCGUCGUCUGAAAGAUCGAUUAAAAGAAGUUGUCAUUAAACAGCUUAACGAUGUUAAAGAAAAAUUAUCGGAGCGUGUCUUGGAAAUACUUGAUACGGAACGACGUGUAUUUACACUGAAUCACUAUUACAUGGACACGAUAAAUAAAUUGAAGGAGAAGAACAAAGAGGAAAGUGAUGACCAUCAAGCAUCAGUUAAAGCAUCAUUAACUCCAAUGGCUAAAAAUUCUAUGAAUACAACUGCUUAUGCACCUGUAUCGAAUGAAGCUCAAGCAGCAAACGACAUUCAAAUUGCACUACAUUCAUACUCCAAAGUAAAAUAUUCCUACUAA